GGUUAGGACAUAAAAGGACUAAGAAGGACAUGAAAGGACUAGUUAGGACGGAAAAGGACUGGUUAGGACAUAAAAGGACUAGUAAGGACGGGAAAGGACAAACACUGAAGGACAUAAAAGGACUAGUAAGGACAGAAAAGGACUGGUUAGGACAUAAAAGGACUAAGAAGGACAUGAAAGGACUAAUAAUGACAUAAAAGGACUAGUAAGGGCGGAAAAGGACUAGUAAGGACAGAAAUGGACUAAUAAGGAUACUAAAGGACUAGUGGUGACAUUAAAAGAUAAGUAAGGACAUAAAAGGACUAGUAAGGAGAGCAAAGGACUGGCUAGGACAUAAAAGGACUAAGAAGGACAUGAAAGCACUAGUUAGGACGGAAAAGGACUGGUUAGGACAUAAAAGGACUAGUAAGGACGGGAAAGGACAAGCACUGAAGGACAUAAAAGGACUAGUAAGGACAGAAAAGGACUGGUUAGGACAUAAAAGGACUAAGAAGGACAUGAAAGGACUAAUAAUGACAUAAAAGGACUAGUAAGGGCGGAAAAGGACUAGUAAGGACAGAAAUGGACUAGUAAGGAUACUAAAGGACUAGUAAGGACAGAAAAGGACUAAUAAGGACAUAAAAGGACUAGGAAGGGCUGAAAAGGACUAGUAAGAAUACUAAAGGACUAGUGAGUACAGAAAAGGACUAAUAAGAACAUUAAUAAGGGACUACUAAGGACAGAAAAGGACUAGUAAGGACACAAAAGGACAAGUUAGGAUGAUACAGGACUAGUAAGGUCAUUAAAGGACUGGUAAGUACGGAAAAGGACUGGUUAGGAUAAUAAAGGACUAAUAAGUACAGAAACGAAAUAGUUUUGAGAAGUGCGUAUUACUUACAAAACGUUGUGCACAGUGUUCAUUUAAUUUAUGUUGCACGACUAUAUGGUGUGCUAACAUGUAGUUCAUGCCCCUCGCCUUCUGGCCUUCUGUUGUCGACAGUUUCUAUUGCUGAUAGUUUGCUUAGCACUUCUGAGCUGUGGAGUGAGUCUCCCAUUCGAGAUAUUGGUGGCGUAGAUGGCGAGAGCAAUAAAUCAGCAAUGUAA